AUGAAUAACCCAAUGGAAAACUACACGCGAAACAUUUACACACUAAUUGGCGAUGAAAACUAUCAAGAGGCAAUUCGUCUUUUGGAAAUUCAACUCUCCAAUUUCAAAGAUUGCGUUGCUAUUCAUUCUUUAAUCGCUUACUGCGCAUGGCAAAUGGAAGAUUAUCAAAAAGCAGCUGCAGAAUACGGAAGACUCGUUGAAUUAAACCCAAACAAAGCUUCAUAUCGAUUACAUCAUGCUAACGCAUUAUAUAAAAUAGACCAAUACGAAGCUGCGAUGAGUGCUUCAUUUGGCGUUGAGGAUCCAGAAUUACAACCACAGUUAUUGGUUCUUCAAGCUGCAAUUCGUUACGCACAAGAAGAUAUUCAAUCAGCCAAGUCAAUUCUUCCUAAUGGUAAUCCAGAAGACAUCAACAUUAUGCUUGAUAAUGCAUGCAUUCUUUUCAAGGAAUCACAAUUCGAACAAGCGCUUAACGUUUACAUGGAAAUUAAAAGAAUUCAUGGCUUCAUACCUGAAGUUGCAUACUGCAUUGCUUUGUGCUAUUACAGACUUAACAGACUUUCGGAAGCUGUUCAAAUGAUCGCUGAAAUCAAGACACAAGCUGGAAGAAAUCAUCCAGAAUUAUUAAGAAAUCUUGUUGGUGAUGCUGUUGAUUUUGAUGCACAAGGUCUCAUAUCUAAAGCUCGUGAUGCAUUCUAUGUCGAAGGCGUUAACCUUAUGAGCGCAAUUGAAUAUGAUCAAAAUCAUAUCAAAGAAGCUAAAGAAGCACUCAAAGAAUUACCAAACAGAAACGAAGAAGAGCUCGAUCCCGUCACUCUUCAUAACACAGCUAUUGUUAAUAUGGAUGAUGAUCCAACAUCUGCUUUUACAAAGCUUUCUUUCUUACUCAACCAAGAUAUUACUCCACCAGAAACAUUCAGAAAUCUUCUUCUCGGUUAUUGCAAGUUCGAAUAUUAUACUUACGCAGCAGAUCUUCUUGCCGAAAAUACAGAAAGAGCACAGCAAUCAAUGGAUACAGGAAUGCUUGACUUCCUUGAUGCAUUGUUGCUUUGCGCUACUUCUAAAGAAGAAGCUUACAGAAAAUUCGAUGAUAUCUGCAAACAACGAGCUGAAGUCCUUCGCCGUAUUUACAAAGCUGUCGAUGAUGCAAGAAAGACACACGAUGAUCAAUUACAGACCCAGUUAACACUUGAAUAUGAAGCAAGUGUUAAUGAUUUAAUUCCAGUUCUUAUGGCACAAGCAAAGAUCUUCUGGGAUAUGGGAAGCUACGAUUUAGUCGAAUUACUUCUUAUGAAAUACGCAGAGUUCUGUGAAAAUAACAGAAAGUGGAGAUUGAAUCUUGCACACACAUAUUUCAUGGAACCAGGCAAAGUUAACAAGGCUAUCGAAUACUACGAACCACUUGUUCUCUCAGAACAGAACUUACUUGACGUAGAAGCCAUUAUUGUUGCAAAUCUUUGCGUUUCUUACGUUAUGGUUGAAGAAAACGAUUUUGCCGACCAAUUAAUCAACAGAUUAACUGACGAAGAAAACAAUAAGAAGAAAGAGGACGAAAAUGCCAAGUUUGUCCACUUAUCAAUUAUUCAUCUUGUCAUUGGCACAUUAUACUGCGCUCACUCCAAUUUCGAAUUCGGUAUUGAUUAUGUUUUCAAGGCUUUCAACCCAAUGCAAGAUAAAUUAUCUGCUGAUACAUGGUUCUACGCAAAGAAGUGCUUGUUUGAAUUGACAAGAUGUCUCGCACUUAGACAAUUCGUUCUUGCUGAUGCAAUGUUCAAUAAAAUCAUUGAAUUCCUUGAUAAUGUUGAUAAAUACGGUAAAAAGAUCGAAGCUAUCAAUGAUUUGACAAUAGAUGCAUCAGAAGCACAUGAAAACCAAACUGUAUCUUUCGAAGCUCGUGUAUUAAAGGCUACAAUCCUCAAGUUUUAUGAUUUCUAA